AACUCCUCAAUGGAAAACAUUGAGCUUUCUAAACAACCUAGUAAAAGAUCAAUUGCUGACAGCAAUGUUAGCAGUCACAGUCAGUACGAGAAGCAUGACGAUGAAAUGACAGCUGCAAGUGGUCACCAUAGCCGAUCAAGCAUAGUGUCUGGCGAGAAAAAUGUACCUACAGCAGAACCUGUACAAAGGAAAUCAGUUAGUCAACGUAUUUUGACUAAAUUACCGCCUUUUCCUUUGAUCCGUAUUAUUGUGAAAGCGUCUAUUGCUAUCCUAAUCGGGCUACUCUUUGUAUUCGAGAAAAACUGUCGAAGUGCUAUGGGAUCUGCCAGUAUUCUGGUACCCAUUGGUACACUUUUGUAUUUCCCCAUCCGACCAAUAGGUGUUCAAAUUGAAGCUUCUUUACAAGGUACUUUUGGUGCUCUUGUAGGUUCAGCGUGGUCUUUUUUGGGCAUGUAUCUGGCUAAUCUUGCCCGUGACCCGACAAUACCAUCGCCUGUUCAGCCGAACUCAAGCGCAAUUUUAGCCGUGUUUAUGUUUAUUGGUGUGUUCGGAUUAACCUACGUCCGUACGAAAUUUGCACAAGCCAAUUUUGCAACUAUUUUCGCAAGUAUGAUUGUCGCUUUUUGCCUUACACAAGCCUCGGUCAUUGUUGGAUUUCAACCAACUGUUGUAUAUACCUUUUUAAAACCAAUCGCUACAGCCACAGCUAUUGGUUUAUUGGUUGAUUUGUUUUUAUGGCCAGACGACAGUAUCACCAAAUAUAUGGGCAUAUUAAGCAGAUCAUUAAAAGAAUACAAUGGCUUUUUUGAAGAACAUGCAAAAGCAUUUUUGUUGACUGAAUCGUUUGAUUCAAGCCCGAUGACUUUACCUACAUUGCACCAACGCUUACAAAACAGUAUAUUGAAACUGAUUGAUUGUAAACGAGAAGUUCAAAGAGAAAUCUUGUUUAAUCGAUUGGCUCAUCGUGAUAUCAAUGAUAUUACACGACAUGUGAAGCUUAUGCGUACGCCUCUUCAUGGUAUUGGUCUCAGUGUGAUUGCUAAGACGCAACGACUCGAGAAAAUGGAUUGCCAAAAGUUCAGAGAAGAGCAAUCAGCAGCUAAUCGAAGUGAACAUAAGCAACGGUUCAUUGAAGACCUGGAAACAAUACGAAAAGUAUCACAAGAGCUUGCAGAAACCUGCGUAUUGACUUUAAAUGAAUGUGUUGAACGACUUAUGAGAUUCAGUGGAAAGCCUCGAUCUGUCAAAAGCACUAUUUUAUGGCCAUUUCCUCGUAUUCAUUUAUCAGAUUAUCACAAAUCAGCUAAAGAACAAAAUAAAGAAGAAGAGGACCAUGCUAAAUUACAUAGUUUGUCUGGCCGCCUCAACCAAGCUAUCUCAAAGUUUGAAAACGGACGCAAAAAGUCCGGACAUCUCUUUGUCGAGCCUGGAUCAAAUGAAUAUGAAGAAAGCUUUAACAGCAUUCUACAAGUUAUUUAUUUAUUUCAGUUCAAUUUGAUGGAACAUGCUUUGCAACUCCAAUCUUUUGUUGCCUGUAUUGAAAACAUUGAACUCAAACGAACCAAACGAAGGCUAUGGCUUCCUCGCUUACCCUUAAAGAAAUGGUUUCGAUCUAUCAGUAUCGAUGCUAAUUUUGGUGCUCAAGUAGGCUCUACAGACAAUGCUGCUGAAAAUCAUGGCCAUGAUGAUAGCAACAACAACAGCAACACAUACGAUCUGACCUUGAGUCAAACUGUGACACGACCUGAUACAAACGGUAGAGAUGAACAAGACCUUGUGCGCAAAACAGAGACUAGCAAAGCCUAUCCUCGGGAUCCAGAUGUCAAUGCACCUGAAACAGCUAGAGAAAAGUUUUUCUAUGCCAUCUAUCGAUUUAUUCAAUGGCUAGAGAGUCCCGAUUGCGCAUUUGCUAUCAAAACAGCCGGUGGUUUUGUACUACUUUCAUUGCCAGCCUUUUUGCAACAGAGCGCCACUUGGUUUUUUGCUUGGCGAGGUCAAUGGGCGACUAUUACAUUAAUGAUGUGGAUGAUUCCUGUAGCAGGCAUGUUUGUCUUUACGGUUAUUUUGAGAGUGAUGGGUACUGUUUUAGGUGGUGUAGUAGGAAUUAUCGUAUGGGAAAUCACGAGAGGCAAUCCAUAUGGCAUUGUUGUUUUGACCUUUUUUGUAAUGAUGCCCUUGUACUUUAUCUUCUUUACAAGCCAAGUUUUUAAUGUUGUUGCCCUUAUGACCCAAAUGACGCUCUUGUUGGUUAUAUGCUAUGAAUAUCAAUACGUCGUAGGCGGCACUCCCAACUACGAUUCUAUUGAAGUGGUGGCAGGAAAACGUAUGCUGCUAGUCAUUAUUGGUGUUACUGCAGCUGCCAUUUUAGCCUUGUUUCCCAAGCCUGUAACAGGACGUGUUGAACUUCGCAAGCGUAUUUCCAGAACCAUUCGUGAUCUUGGUCGACUCUUCAGUAUUCUAGCAGGUGACAUUCUGACGGACUCUGAGCCUACAGAUAAUCAACGCAAAGCAUUUCGUAAACUUGUAUUGGGUAUACGUCGUCAGAUUGCAGAUGAGCAAACCUAUCUAAAAUUGACUAAACUGGAGCCACCCUUGAGAGGCAAAUUUCCUAUAGAGACUUAUGCAACGCUAGUAGAAAAAGUAGACAACAUGGCUGAUUUAUUACAAGGCAUGGCAUAUGCGUCCCAAUCGAUAGAUAAAUCAUGGAGACUUAACUUGUUUUUGGUUAUGCGAGAAGAGCGAAAGGAAUAUCUUGCUACCAUGCUAACCACCAUGAAACUUCUUUCGGCUACUUUGGCAUCCAAGAUGGCAUUACCGCCUUAUUUUUCUUCACCUCUUGAUAUGCGAAAACGAUUUGCUCACAAGAUGGGGGACAUAAUUACUAAGUAUCCCAAGCAAUUGGACAAUGGAACAUUCCCUAAUUAUUGUGCGUAUGGUGUGAAUUCCUACAUGUUUUGUAGUGAAUUAGCAGAAGCUCUAGAAUGUGUUGAAAAGCUAGUUGGUGUAGAGGACCCAGAGCAAUGGCUUUUAUUGCACGCUUAAUAUACACUUUAUUGAAAGAAAAUAUAUACUAGAAAUUAAGCAAAGCAUAUAUAAUUGUUACUCAUAUUAAAUUAUAAGAAAAAGCAGAGAAUAGAAGGGAGAUGAAUUAGUAACAGAUAUGAACUAGUCUGUGUAAGAUACUUACUUGGAUACGAG